AUUCGGCCUAUAGUUUCCUUAGCGACUAAUCCAAACAUAUACGGCGUAAAACUAAACAAUCUUAUCCCGACUUGGAACGUGUCGAUUAAAACAAGAAAAGGAUUUUAAUUUUUGAAUAAAGAUUAUUUUAAAAGUAAAUAGAGGAAUCCAGGAUAAUAAUGUAUAAAUUGGAUUUACCACUUGAUCGAAAAGAGGCGGCUGCCAUAGAGCGUCGAAGGGCUCAAGAAGAGGAGAGGAAGAGCCGAAUUUUUAAUGCCAAAACUCGUCUUAUAGGUAUUGACACCCAGGCUUUAGAUUAUCAAAUUCGGGAUAGACAGCAAAUGACUACAAUGGAAAAGAGAAGAGAGGAGGCUUUCGCUGCCGAUGCCACAAGGAAUGACAAGAUCGCUUGCUUGCUUCAACAAAGACAAGAACAUGAUCAGAGAGAACUAUCUAAAGCGUUGAACGAAUUUAGAAGUCUUCAUCAACAACCUAAUUCACGUAGGGAAUGGGAUCUUUAUGAUCCAGAUGGACUUAGAAAAGAUAAACCUGCAAGAGUAAACGAUGAUGAUCCUCGCUGCGGAAGCUCUUCCCUUCAAAAGUUUGAGGGAGAAGAUCUCAACAGUAAGGCCAGAAAAGGAUUCCAACAGGAGCAAAUGCGACACUGGAACGCCGAACAGGCGAGAGCUAGAGAACAAGCCGAAAAGAACCAGAAGAGAGCUGACUAUCUUAAUGAUCUAAAGAUGAGAGAGUUAGAUAAUAGAGCUGUUGAAUUACAACAAGCUGAAGAAGCUUGCAGAAGAGCUAUAAAUUCGGCAACUGCUGAUUACAAUAAAGCUUUGGCUAACGAGAAAGCAGCCAGAGAUGCUCUAAAACAAAAGCAAGAUGAAGAUGACAAAGCGACAGAAAUAGCCAAUCAAAUCAUGGGUGACAUUCUGACCGAAAAUCCUGCUGUUGCCCAGUCGGCCUUUGGAGCGCAUAGAGUAGUACCUGACCGCUGGAAGGGUAUGUCUCCCGAACAAAUAGCUGACAUAAGAAGAGAACAGGCCAAACAAAUGGCAGACAAGAAAAGACGUGAAGACGAAGAACGUAGAAGAGAUCAAGAGUGGGAUAAUCUUAGAUCGGGUCAAGCAAGAGCUGGAGAAUUGUUGGAGAGAGAAAAGGGAAGGAGAGAGGAAGAUAUUAGAAAACAAGUGUCUGAUGAAAAUCGUAGACUCGGCAUGGAGCAAAAUGCUCACAAAGAAUAUCUUGACAAGCACGUUUAUACGAAUCCUCCAACUGCCGCUUAUUUUAUGCAGUUUAAUACGACAACCCGAUGA